AUGCACGUGUUCGACUUUUAUGACCAUACUGCUUCCAACUAUCCUAAAGCAUCUUUACUAUCUUAUCCUGUUCUCGAAGCUGGCUCGGAAGAGGAAAAAGCUGAAUCAGCGCGAACGUCAGCAUUUGUUGGAGCAAUAGCUAUAGGAGAUCUAGUCAAAAGCACGCUUGGGCCAAAAGGAAUGGAUAAAGUCCUUUUAUCUUCUGUUCCGGGACGAGAAAGUUCUAUUCAAGUUACUAAUGAUGGAGCGACAAUCCUGAGAUCAAUUGGUGUUGAUAAUCCUGUUGCAAAAAUUUUAGUUGAUUUAUCUAAAGUUCAAGAUGAUGAGGUCGGUGAUGGUACAACAAGUGUUACUGUCUUAGCUAGUGAACUACUAAGGGAAGCUGAACAUUUAAUAGCAAUGAAAAUGCAUCCUCAAACGAUUAUUCGUGGAUGGCGUCUUGCGGCGAAAACUGCCGUCGACGUGCUAACAUCUGUUGCGGAAGAUCACGGAGGUGACGAGGAUCAGUUUAGAAAUAUUUGUCAACAGCAAAUUUUGACAACAGUUACAUUUAAUCUUUCAAAGGAUUUAAUGAAUAUUGCUCGAACAACGCUAAGUUCAAAGAUUUUAACACAACAUAAGGAACACUUUAGCAAACUAGCUGUUGAAGCCGUACUGAGAUUGAAGGGUAGUGGCAAUUUGGAUGCAAUACAUCUAAUAAAAAAGUUGGGCGGUAACCUGGUUGAUUCAUACUUAGACGAAGGAUUUUUACUAGACAAAACGAUUGGAGUUCACCAACCGAAGCGGAUCGAAAAUGCCCGCAUAUUAAUUGCAAACACGCCAAUGGAUACUGAUAAGAUUAAGGUUUUCGGCUCACGUGUACGAGUUGAUUCCACCGCUAAAGUGGCAGAAUUAGAGGAGGCAGAGAAGAUAAAAAUGAAAGAAAAAGUUGAAGCAAUAUUAAAGCACAACAUAAAUUGCUUCAUAAAUAGACAACUUAUAUAUAACUACCCAGAACAGCUAUUUGCAGAUGCCGGCGUAAUGGCAAUUGAACACGCUGACUUUGAAGGAGUUGAACGUUUAGCCUUAGUAACUGGAGGUGAGAUUGUAUCUACUUUUACCCACCCUGAUCAAGUAAAAUUGGGGACUUGCAAGUGUAUUGAAGAAGUAAUUAUCGGUGAAGACAGACUUAUAAGAUUUUCAGGUGUUUCACUUGGUGAAGCUUGCACCAUAGUAUUGCGAGGAGCUACACAGCAAAUUUUAGACGAAGCAGAUCGAUCACUACAUGAUGCUUUAUGUGUUCUAACACAAACAAUUAAAGAAACUAGAGUUGUAUAUGGUGGUGGAUGUUCAGAAAUGCUAAUGGCAAAUGCUGUUUCCGAAUUAGCUGCUAAAACACCUGGUAAAGAAGCUAUUGCUAUAGAGUCUUUCGCGAAAGCCUUACGUCAGUUGCCUACUAUUAUUUCCGAUAAUGCUGGAUAUGACAGCGCAGAUUUGAUUACUCGCCUUCGAGCUGCCCAUUCUAAAAAGGAAAGAACUGCCGGACUAGAUAUGAUUAAUGCAACGAUUGGCGAUAUGAAAGCAAUUGGUAUCACAGAAUCUUACCAAGUAAAACGUCAGAUUGUGAUUUCUGCCGCGGAAGCAGCGGAAAUGGUAUUAAGAGUUGAUAAUAUUAUACGAGCAACGCCCAGGUCAUUUUUUGUUACAAUCAAUUUAGUGCUAAUGUAUUAUCCACCGAUGUUGCAUUCCCAUUUAGAAAUUUCUUCGGUUUAUUUGUUUCCUGCGUAUUCUAACAAUGUUUAA